UAUUGAAAGACUGAUAUAAUUUUCCUUCCCCUGUUUUAACACAAGUUUUUAUUAUCAAAGGUGACAAAAAGUUAUUUAUUUCCCAUUAACAACUUAUGACACUUUCGGUUUUUUUUAAAUUUAAAAGUAAUUGUUAGAAAAUUGGAAAAUUUUCUUUUAAUUUUAUAGGUUAUCUUUUGUUUAUUUUUUUUCCUUUUGCGUAAAAAUAAAAGUGCGUUAGAAUCUUCUACAAGGAUUCUAAAAUAAGAAUACCUUUCUUUUGAAAAAAAAAUCUAAUUUCAUUUCGAAGAGGAAUGCAGAAAAUUUGAAAGUUUUAUUUCAAAAGGUGUUCUGGAUACAUAGAGAUAGUGCUGAGUGCUUCAAGUACAAAAAGUGUCUAUGAUGUUUUCGUCAGGUCUUGGAUGCAAUCUCUCCUUCCCUAGUUGUUUGGGUUAUCCUCAAGAGAGCGAAGAACUUAUUCCAAGGAUGGCUCGUGAACCGAUAACACUCAACGUUUAUGAUAUGUACUGGAUCAAUGAAUACACAACUCCUAUUGGUUUGGGAGUUUAUCAUUCUGGUGUUGAAAUUUACGGAACAGAAUACGCGUACGGUGGUCAUGCGUAUCCGAUGACAGGAAUUUUCGAAAUUUCACCACGUGAUGCUUCAGAAUUAGGGGAACAAUUUAGAUUCAGACAAUCUGUGCACAUUGGUUAUACAGACUUUACAGAAGACGACGUAUCAAGAAUUGUUUCUGAAUUAGGAAAAGAUUUCCGAGGCGAUCGUUAUCAUUUGAUGAAUAAAAAUUGCAAUCACUUCAGCAGUCAGUUUACUCAGAUUUUGUGCGAUCAAGAAAUUCCUGGCUGGGUGAAUCGUUUGGCGUACAUAAGUUCCUGUGUUCCAUUUCUUCAGCGCUGCCUUCGAAAAGAGUGGUUGACGCCGGUCGCUCUUCAACAUUCGAUUAGCCAGGUUAGUCACAACGACAGCACACCACCAUCUGACACUUCUUUGUAACAUUUAUUAAGCAACGCAGAGGAAGAGGAGAACGAAGAAGAAGAAGAAGACGAGAAUAAAGUUUUCAAAUGCCGUAGAAGUCAUACCUUCUAGACAAUUUACAGCAUGCGUACAAAGAAUAUUAUUAAUAAUAUUGAUACUUAGAACAUUUUUAGUAUGCAUAAUUCAAUUAAAAAUUAUGAGAAACGAAAGAGAGAGAGAGAGAGUUGAGGCACGAAACUCACAGUAACGAAAGAAAGAUAAUUUUCCUUCGCAACUGUGACAAUUCCUCAAAGGUACAUUCUCAUGUAAAUACUCCUUUCUCCUAAAAGAAAAUUGGAAAAUUUCCUCUCCUAAUCGUGGAGAAUAAUUUAGUAAGAAAUUUUUCCAACUAAU